CACUCCCUCCGGUGUCUAUAUUCAUUAUCACCGACGAGCUCUGACUUGCAGUUCUUGGUCCAGUUCUUUGUUUAUCUCCAUUGGCUCUGCUACUACUCUUCUCUGAAAAGGAGGAGGAGGAGGAGACGAAAACAUGGAGAAUUUGAUCUCUUUGGUGAACAAGCUGCAAAGAGCUUGUACGGCUCUAGGUGAUCAUGGAGAAGAGAGCGCAUUGCCGACCUUAUGGGAUUCUUUGCCUGCGAUUGCUGUCGUCGGUGGACAGAGUUCAGGGAAGUCUUCUGUGUUGGAAAGCAUUGUGGGAAAGGACUUCUUGCCUCGUGGAUCUGGUAUUGUUACUCGGCGUCCACUUGUGUUACAACUUCAUAAGAUUGAUGAAAGAAGAGAGUAUGCGGAGUUUCUUCACCUCCCAAGAAGGAGGUUCACUGAUUUUGCUGCUGUGAGGAAGGAGAUCUCAGAUGAGACUGAUAGAGAAACAGGACGGUCAAAACAAAUUUCCAGUGUUCCAAUUCAUCUUAGUAUCUAUUCUCCUAAUGUUGUAAACUUGACGAUGAUUGACCUUCCUGGACUUACAAAAGUAGCUGUCGAGGGUCAGCCUGACAGUAUUGUGCAAGACAUCGAGAACAUGGUUCGCUCCUAUAUUGAAAAGCCCAACUGUAUAAUUUUGGCAAUUUCACCUGCCAAUCAAGAUCUUGCUACUUCUGAUGCUAUUAAGAUCUCCCGUGAAGUAGACCCUAAAGGGGAGAGGACAUUUGGUGUUUUAACAAAGAUUGAUCUUAUGGACAAGGGUACAGAUGCAGUUGAUAUUUUGGAAGGCAGGUCAUAUAAACUACAGUUUCCCUGGAUUGGUGUUGUUAAUCGUUCUCAAGCUGACAUUAACAAGAGUGUUGACAUGAUUGCUGCUCGGCGUAGAGAGCGUGAGUAUUUUGCAAAUACUCCAGAAUACAAGCAUCUUGCUCACAGGAUGGGUUCGGAGCAUCUCGGAAAGAUGCUUUCAAAGCAUUUGGAAACUGUUAUCAAGUCUCGUAUACCAGGCAUCCAGUCCCUUAUUAGUAGAAGUAUUGUUGAUCUAGAAACGGAGUUGAGCCGCCUUGGGAAGCCUAUUGCUUCUGAUGCAGGAGGAAAAUUAUACAUGAUCAUGGAGAUUUGUCGUGUUUUUGACCAAAUAUAUAAAGAGCAUCUAGAUGGCAUCCGUCCUGGUGGUGAUAAAAUCUACAAUGUGUUUGAUAAUCAACUUCCUGCAGCUUUAAAAAGGUUGCAAUUCGACAAGCAACUUGCUAUGGAGAAUGUAAGAAAACUAAUUACUGAAGCGGAUGGGUACCAGCCUCACUUGAUAGCUCCGGAACAAGGAUACCGCCGCCUCAUUGAAUCCUCUUUAAUCACUAUAAGAGGUCCUGCAGAGGCAGCUGUUGAUGCGGUCCACUCUAUACUGAAAGAGCUGGUUCACAAAGCUGUUGGUGAAACAUUGGAGCUCAGGCAGUAUCCUACUCUUAGAGUGGAGGUUGGAAAUGCAGCAUGUGAAUCAUUAGACAGAAUGAAGGAAGAGAGCAAGAAAGCAACUCUCAAACUAGUUGACAUGGAAUCUAGUUACCUGACAGUUGAUUUCUUCCGGAAGCUUCCUCAAGAUGUUGAAAAAGGAGGAAACCCAACACAUUCAAUUUUUGAUAGAUACAAUGAUUCAUACCUCAGGCGAAUAGGAACAACUGUCUUGUCCUAUGUCAACAUGGUCUGUGGGAGCCUGCGGAACUCCAUUCCAAAAUCCAUUGUGUAUUGUCAAGUGCGAGAGGCAAAACGAUCCCUGCUUGAUCAUUUCUUCACUGAUUUGGGUAAAAAAGAGUUAAAGCAGCUGGCUUCAUUGUUGGAUGAAGAUCCAGCUAUCAUGGAGCGGCGGACUGCCCUUGCAAAGAGGCUGGAGCUAUACAGAAGUGCCCAAGCAGAGAUUGAUGCAGUCGCUUGGGCCAAAUAGAAAUCCAUUUUCUUUUUAGCAUUUUGCUAAUCAUUUUCCUAUCAUUUUAAUUUGUACGGUUGGGAUUGUGAUUCAUUCAUUCAUGAUUUGGGGGUUGGGGGUGUUUACUA